CCACCGCCGCCAUGACAGUGUCCUGGAAAAAAAAAAGGGAGAGGGUGACGAUACAAUAAUAACGCAGCCGUUUCUGCCUCAUCUUUCCGGAGCCGGCCGCCAGGCCCUGCCGAUCUGGAAACGCCGUUUCUCUUUCCUCGUUUUGCUUUGGGUGCCACUUGGACAAUGAACUAAUAACAACGUUAUAAGACACCAAUUUUUGUCUGCUGUGCCAAUGGCAACUGUGCUGGUGAUACCUGAAACUUAUAGCCAUGUAUUGGCAGAAUUUGAAUGCCUCCAUCAGUUGCUUUCUGCCCUUAGAUUGGAUUCCAGUCGCCUGAAGUGUACAUGUCUUGCAGUGUCUCGUAAGUGGCUGGCUCUGGGUAGUUCAGGUGGAGGCCUGAACCUUAUCCAAAAAGAAAACUGGAAACAAAGGCUGUUUCUCACUCAUAAGGAAGGUGCCAUUUCCUGUGCUGCCUUUUGUUUAUAUGAUGAAGACUAUAUUGCUGUUGCAACGAGUCAAGGCCUUGUUGUUGUCUGGGAACUGAAUCAGGAACGUCGUGGGAAACCUGAAAGAAUUUAUGUUUCUUCAGAGCAUAAAGGCCGAAAAGUAACAGCUCUUUCUUGGGAUACAAAUGCACUUCGUGUUUUUGUUGGUGAUCAUGUAGGGAAAGUAUCUGCUAUCAAGAUUAAUACAUCCAAACAAGGAAAGGCUGCAACUGCGUUUGUUAUGUUUCCAGUUCAAAUUAUAACCACCGUUGACUCUCAUGUGGUUCAGCUUGAUUAUUUGGAUGGAAGACUACUUAUCUCUUCUCUUACUCGUUCUUAUUUAUGUGACACAGAGAGGGAGAAGUUUUGGAAAAUUGGAAGCAAAGAGCGAGAUGGUGAAUAUGGAGCCUGUUUCUUCCCAGUUGGAAAAAAUUGUGGAAGCCAGCAACCAUUAAUAUAUUGUGCGCGACCUGGUUCACGGAUGUGGGAAGUGAACUUUGAUGGGGAGGUAUUAAGUACUCAUCAAUUCAAAUACCUCCUGUCAUCACCACCUCUCCCUGUUGUUAGUCUAAGGGCAGAUCCGGAGUACAAUAUUGCCUGUUCUUCCCCACAGUCUUUGGCUUUCCCCAAACUCCUUUAUUUGAGUGACCAUUGUGUAAUGACCUGGACAGACAGAGGCAUUUAUAUCUUCCUUCCCCAAAAUGUUCAAGUUUUGCUCUGGAGUGAAAUGAAAGACAUCCAGGAUAUCGCAGUUUACAAAAAUGAACUUUUCUGUUUACACUCCAGUGGAAAAGUCUCUCAUCUCUCCCUUUUGACAGUGGAAAGAUGUGUGGACCGUCUGCUUAGAAGAAGCUUCUGGGGUCUUGCAGCCAAAACGUGCUGCCUCUUUCAGAAUUCUGUUGUUUUGUGUCGGGCAAGAAAAGCUCUUCCAUUAGAUAAGCUAGAACAUUUGAAAUUACAGUUAGACCUUUCAACACAAAGUGAUAUCAUUAGUCAACUUGAAGAACUGAUUUCAAAGCUUGAACCUUUAGAUUCUGCGUGCAGUAGCAGGAGGAGCAGUAUUUCUUCACAUGAAAGUUUCAAUAUACUUGAUUCUGGAAUUUAUCGUGUUGUUAGUCGAAGAGGCAGUCAGUCUGAUGAGGAUUCUUGCUCAUUACAUAGCCAAAACUUAUCAGAAGAUGAAAGGACAAAGGAAUGUCCUUCACAUCAGGAUGAAGAGCUGCUGGAACUUGACAGUGUAUCUCAUGCUUCUGUCGUGGUCGACACUGAUCGCAAUGAGACUUUUCUUCCAUUCAAUAUUCCAUUGUCAUUCCGUUCUCCAUCUCCUCUCGUCUCUCUUCAAGCUGUUAAGGACAGUGUUUCUAGUUUUGUUCGUAAAACCACAGAGAAGAUAGAAAAGAUUGGGACCCUUCAUGUGAAUCCUGAUAGAGUCAGACAGGACAAUAAUGAUGAAGAGCAACUACCAGAGGUGACUGCUAAUGUAAUAACACACCCUCAAGAAGAAGAGAUGGAACUCCAGAGCCAGCCUCAAGAAGAAAAUUAUCUUAAAGACCUCAAGAUAGCAACUAAAGAGACUCUAACCAGACUCCAGGAUCCACUAAUUUUAUUAGAACCACAGUGUUUGAUGGAAGUUUUGCUUAACUGGAUUCCAUUUCUGGAAGAUGCAUUUGGAAUCAAGGUGCCUUCCAUUUCAGAAGGUAACUCAUACAAGACAGAUGAAGAGUUGCCUUCAUACCCUGAAGUACAUCAUGUUUUUGAAGAAAAUAUGGGAACAGAUAGUUAUCUCAUAGAGGAUAAUCAGAGACCUGUCUUGAGAACAAUCAAUGAAAAUGAUGCUGUAAAUAACAAACAGGGGAGCACUUCAGAUGGAAAUACUAGGGAAGAGUCAAGAAGCAGCAAUCAGAUUGAUAGAAUGCUUUACAAAAAAGAUGAUAGACAAGAGACGGCAUCCAGUCAAUCCUUCCAGAUUUAUUCUCCGUGUUUCGUAGUACAAGACAUGAAAAGGGAUUUGGUAGAACUGACAACUCUAUGUUUUGAAUUGAAGGUAUAUGAGCAUAUACACAUAAAUAAUGAACAGCAUAUGCAGCCAGACACUUCCUGUACUUUGGCGUGCCAAUUUAUAAAGGACUACUUUUUCCUCUUGGAUUUGGAAAGACUGAAGCAGUGUAUUAUCAUCUCUCACAGCAAUCAUCCCAAAAUUUGGGAAACCUAUGUAGAAGGACUGAAAGAAUUGACUCUGAAGAGCCCAGUCACUAUGGCAUUAGAAAGUGGAGAUAUGCUUAAAACUCUGAAAUUGUUUGUUGAUCUGGGCCCCUGGGAUACUCCCAUAUUAUUGGCACAUGCCCAGAGGCUUUAUGAAAAGUUUGGAGAAACUUCUCUAAGGCCCCUGAUCAAGUUUUAUCCAUCCAUUUUGCCUUCAGACAUCAAGCAAAUUUGUAAAAGUAAUCCUGAACAUUUUCUAGCAUUUUUAGACAGUUUAAUCAAAUCAAAGGCUGAAGAUGAACGGUUGUCUUUCCUGAGAUCUCUUCUCCAUCCUGAAUCAUUAUGUUUAGAUUGGUUAUCUUUGGCUGUUUCUCAUGAUGCGCCAAAUGCAACAAGUACCAGGGAUGCCCAAGGAAAUCCAAGGCCAAGGUCACAUUUAUUUACUUGGGGAUAUAACCAACUGAUUUUACUAUUGCUUAAACUCCCGACUGACAUAAUAACAAAAAAGAAAAUGGCUGAAAUCUGCAAAAAUUAUGGCUUCUGGCCUGGAUAUCUUUCUCUGUGUUUGGACCUGGAUAGAAGAGCUGAAACCCUUACUAAUGUUGUUUAUUUAGAUGACAUGAACUUGUUAAAUGGAGAACAUGGGGCAGUGCCAGAGACAGUGGAAGAAUGGAAGUUCCUCCUUGAUCUUGUAAAGAGUCACCACAACAGUGCCCUUCAUCCAGCUAUGCAUAAUGGCAAUGCUAUUAGUAAUGGUGCUUCAAAUUGGUCAAAUUGUGUCACUGUUGAGAAUGUGGCUCUUGUGUUGGCCAGAAUAGUUGGGCCAGAUUGCGCUGUGCUACUGUUGCAGGAAUGUGGCUUAAUGACUGAGUUAUCUGAAAAAUUUGCCAAAGUCUGUGAGAUACUAAGAAUUGCUGAAAAAAGGCAAAGAGCUUUGAUUCAAUCCAUGCUGGAAAGAUGUGAUAGAUUUUUAUGGUCUCAACAAGCAUAACAAAUAAUUAUGACAGAUCACGGUGGCUAUAAGAAACACACGUUGCCAGCACUACACUAGUUUCCAGAAGAAUCUCCCUCUCUGUAAAAUGGUGCAGUUAAUAAUUUUGCACAAAAACUGGUGGUAAUGAAGCUUCUGUUUUAAUUAAUUUUCAAGUUUUGGUAUAUUGAAUGUUUGUAAUUUGUAUAUAUUUGAGAGUAUGUUUUGCCAAUUGCUUAAUAAAAGUGCCGAAUGAUAUUGCUCUGAGAAGUAUUUGCAUAUGGUAAAAGGGCUGUAUUAUCACUGUUAACUUUAGAUAUGAAAAAGGGUUCUUUAUGAACAAUUUCUAUCCAUAUAAUCCAUGUAUAUUUAUUCUGGUGAUAUCAACAUUACGAUAGAUUCUGUACAGUUACUAGCUGAUUUACAAAAAGUUGCAUAUAAAUUAAUUUAUGUAAAAGUGUAGAUUAUACCUGUGUAAUUUAAAAGUCAGUGUCUUUUAUGAGUUAAAUCAGAAACUUGCAUGGUAGUCGCUGAAAGGAUGUGACCACCGUACCAAAUGUAGUAUCUUCCAGAUCUAAAUAAAAGCAGCGAUGCUGAUGAAUUAUUGGUAAGUUUAAGUGAUAAUCAAUAGAACUUAAAUCCUGUUAACUAAAUAUUACUGACAAUUGACUUUGAGAAAAACUAACUUUUUAAUCCUGUGUUUUAGCAAUGGCUAAAAUAAUGUGCAUUAUUGCAUUUUUUCUCUUACUGAAAGCACUCUGAAACUUUUAAAAUAUACCUAAAAUAUUGCACUUUCUUAUUUACAAUUUUGUAUGACAUCUUGAUUUCAUUCAUGUGUAUGAUGAAGUAAGUCCUACUGUAUUCCAGGGGCUUAAUUCAAGUAAAGUGUUUAUAGGAUUACACACACAGCUGGAAUAGUGAUAUACUCAUUAAUUAACAAUUGGAGAAUCUUUAUUAUUGCAGUUUCAUUUUAUUUUGGAGCACUGAUAUUUUAAACUCCACUAAACUGAAUACUUCUGUUGACACUAUCUGGUGUUUGAUAAAAAGACAAUACUAUGCAAAUUAUUUGACUCAUAUGUUGAAUAUUUAAUUUCUAGAAAAUGUAUUUUUGAUAGUAGCUUGGUUCCAAAGUAAUACAAAGCUGCUUUCUCAUGUGCAAAGGAGCUUUCAUUAUGUCUUCUGACGCCAGCCCCUGGUAUCCUCUGAAAGUCAUUCCUUAGAGGGGGAUCCUGCAUACCAGCACAUCAACAGGUGGGAGAGGCUGUACCUGGCAGAAGGCUGGGGGAAUCAUCAUCAUCUGUGUGUGGAGUGCUUUCCAUUCCUGCAUAAAUAAAGAGCAGCUUUGGGUUCAAGUUAGUAAAUUAUAUGGGCAGCCCAAUCCACAGCCUCCUAGCAGUGGGACACAGCCUGUUGCUGCACCGCUCCACCGCCUCCAAGAGGGCUUCUCCAUGGUGCGGGGAGGCAAAAAACAACCGAAAACUUCUGUCUCUUCCAUUGGGUUCUAUGAAAUUAAGUCCAAGGCCCAGAUGCCAGUGUUCUGGCAAAUAGAGACCGAGCGGAAGCUAACUAAUAGUUGACUCUACCCCUGUCCACACCUCUACUAUGCUGGCAAAGGCACAGGGGUACUGACAUGGUGCUCUGCGCUGCCUCUGACUGCCAUGGAGGACCACAUUGGCCAUCUGCCAGCUGCAUUGUUCCUCUGCCAGGGUAAGUGCCCAGGGAGGGCAAAUCCCCUGGAAUUCCCACGCUGCCUCCAAAGGUGGAUUUGCCCCCCUCCCCCCUUUCGAUUGGGCUGUGUAUGGAAAAAUUAAUUCCUUAUAUAGAGUUAGAGGAGAUUUUGGUAAUUCUUCAGGAUGGCUUCCAGAAUUAAACUGUCAUUUUCUAUGUAUUUUUGACCCAACCUACCAUUGUAUUUGAAUCUUUAAGCUCAAGUCUGAAAUAGCGCAAAUACAUCAUAACUUUAAUUUUAUGCUAGUUGUUGUGACCCCUUGUCUUUAUACUUUCAACAAAGUACAAAGCCUUACAUAAAUUACUAUCUUUUUGUGCCUUAUUUUUCUGGACCACAAUCCAAAGUGUCUUGUUAGCUAUUGGGAGAGGCUUGUUGUGGACAAUGAAGUUCCCCCUUUUUUGCAAGUUUCUUACACUUCAUUGGCAUCAUUUGUGGGGGUGGGGGACCUUUCAGAAACAGGAGCUGAGAGAUCCAGCUAUGAACAAGGAACUUGAUGUGUAGACAUUUGAAUGGGAUAUCUGCUGUGCAAGUUAGUGUUCAUAUUAUUUGGAGGAGGAGGAAGAUAUUUUAAGUUUAAAGAUUGAUACAGAUUCACAAAAUAAGUUCAUGAACUUUUAAUAACUUUCUUUUUAUCUCAAAAGAAAGUGAAGUAGAGGAAUGAAAAUUAUACAUAGGCAUUUUUGUACUUUGCAAGUUCUUUCUGUUCAUAUUUUUGAAAAUUAUUCACCUUGCAUUUAAGGAUACAGUAUAAUGGUGUUAUUUAAAUCAUUACUUGUACUCACAGCCAUGUUUAUAAUUUUUGCUUACCUGCAUUUAUUAAAGUUAAUAUAUUAUAAUCA